CUCAACUAAAAUAGAUCCGAGCUCGAGGUUGGGUGAGUUAGAGCCCCAGGACUUGAAUCCAAGCCUAUCCUCACCUUUGUCUCCUUGAAGCUUUACAAGAAUCCAAAGUUUCCCCACAAGAAAGAAACACAAGACAACCUAGCAAAAUUUAUAACACAAAACAAUUCUUUCCUUUAUUAUCGAUCACGCUCCUUCUUCUUCUUCUUCAUUUUGCUUAACCAACACUAUCAUUUACCAUCCAAUUUUGCCUUCGUCUUCCUUUUCUCAAAAUCUCUGAGAGAAAAAUAAAAAGAGUCUUCAUUUUUGUUUUCGCCAUGCCUCGGGCUGAACAAGAUCGUUGUAAAUGUUGCAGAUGCUGCUGCAAAAUCAUUUUUUCUUUAGGCCUAACCUCGCUCUUCUUGUGGCUAAAUCUUCGUACUUCAAACCCCAGAUGCUCCAUUCAAGACUUCUAUCUUCCAGCCCUCGACAAAUCUGUAAACUCUCCACACAACACCACUCUUUACUUCACCUUAAAGCUUGUAAACACCAACUACGACAAGGGCAUCUACUACGACCCUUUAACCGUCACCAUUGCUAACAAAGCAAAUACCUCUGACCACAUUGGAACUUGCAUCGUUCCCAAGUUUUAUCAAGGUAACAAGAAGAAAGCUAGGAAAAAUGGCACUGUUAAGGUGGACAAGAGGGUGCUUUCACGGGCGGUUCUUCCUGGCGGGACGGCGGUUAUCAGGGUGGAUUUGGCAACGGCGGUGAGGUUCAAGAUCAUAGCGUGGAGGACUAAGAGGCGUAAGAUCAAAGUUGGGCGUGAGAUGGUUGUCAACGAUCAUGGAAAAGUCAACAAGAAGAACGUUAAGCUCUCUCAGGCGACAAUCAGCUUGAGGUUUUGUGUAAAGGUUGGAGUUAUAUUAAAUUUUUUUGUUUUUGUUUUUCUUAAUUUAUAGAGGAAUUUGAUAUUUCCAA